GGUUACAAUUAUUGAGAUAACCAGUUCACCGUGACAAUUUAAACAUACUUCAAGUAGACUAAACUUUAUUUAAAGACUACUGGAGUAUUAAUGGGUUUGACUUGAGUGCGGUUUUCAAUUCAUUCGUGAGUUUCAAGUUGGGCAGUUAAUAAGUGCUUUAACAACCAGCAAGACUUCAGUAACUGUUGUCUUAUUGUAUUGUUGUAAAUCUGGUACAAUUCACCUUCACUCUCAUCAUAACAAACCUACCUUACCAAUAAGAUAGUGUUUACUGGAGUACAGCCAAAUUAGUAUUCUGUUAUUUACAGAAUCAUUUCUGGUUUCUCUGGGUUUGUGUUUUGUGAUAGUGUUUACAAGUGAUUAUCAACUGGUUUAUCAACAUAAUUGAUAUAAUUUAUUGAUUCAGCAAUCCUAGACAAAACAUUUAAAUUGCCAAGGAAAUUUCACCUUUACUCAACCAAUCCUCAAAUCUGGUGAUUUUCAUCUUCUAUAAAAGAUACAGAUUCAUAGAAGAUAGGGUUUUGAUUCCCAUUUGCCAUCAGUUGUUUUUCAAGUAAUCAUUUAAUCUUCAAAUAUCCGUUAAAUACAAGUAUCUUUCAUCAAUAUUGAUCAACAAUACUAACAACAUCAAAUCUCUUGUUGUGAAGUCAAGCCCUCUAAAAUAGUAAAUCGUUUAAAAUUAAAAAUGGCCUAUGUCCGUGGAACACUUCGAUCUCUUCUUGAAAUGCCUUUAAAAUCAGCUCCACCGAUGGUUAAACUCAACCUUUCAACAUUAUCAGUUCAUCAUGACCAAGAUUCAAAUGAAUUCACCAUCAGCUGUGGCAAAGGAGGUGACAAAGCCGUUCUAAAUUAUGAAUAUUUAGCCAAUGAUUUGGUUGAAUUGUAUCACACUGAGGUACCUGUUACAUGUCGUGGCCAAGGAGUCGCUAAAUUAUUGGCACAAGCUGCGUUUCAAUUCGUUGUUGAUAAUAAUUUAAGAGCUAAAGUUACCUGUACUUAUUUACAACGAUUCCUAUCCAAAAAUCCUGAGCGUGAAUUUCUUAAACAUGUUGUAUCUUAAAUCGGAAUUCAAUGCUUCAGCCACAUGUGAAUGGAAUGUACUUAAUGCUCCUCUCUCUAUCAUCUCUCCAAUCAUCUAUCAAUCAACAUGACAACUUCAAAACUGAGCCCAAAUUUUUAUGAUAAAACAUUUAGUUUAUCAUUUAAAUGGAUAAUAAAUUUUGGAUCUGUUAUAUUGUAAUUCAACCAUGUAACCCUUAGCUCUGUAUCUAAACUAGAUUGGGAAUUCCAAAGUAUUUUCUAUUCUACAUUCAAACAACUCUCGCCACUUGAUAUGAUGUUAAUUUUCCAGUUUAUUCUUGAUUCUAACAAACAUUUACAUCAAAAUUCAUUCAAAGCCAAAGUUUUUUAGUUUACAGUCAACAUUGAGAAACUGCUCAUCACUGAAAAUAGCUUAUUUUCACUAUUUGCCUAGCAAAAUAAUUCACCAUUUUCAAUCUUGUUUGAUUUAUAAAUUUUAGUUAAAUUAGAAAACUCAUGAAAUGAGUGAUAUUUUAUGAAAGAAAAUGUAAUUUUGUUAGUUAAUUAAGAAAUUUCAAUGAAAAUUGAUUAAAAAUUAACCCCUCCUCAAUAGGGACCAUUAAAUAAAUUAACCGCAGUUUCUCAAUGGUGACUGUAUCUACAUUUAAUGCUGUAUAUGUAGCGCAAAACAUACCUAUUUUGAAAUAAAGUUCAACUUAUGUAAAAUUAA